AUGUAUAGACGAACUGCGAUUGCUACAUCCAGGAGGAUUAGCAGCAGGAAACAGAGUACUAGUGCCGGAGGAAUAUGGUCAAACUUUAAAGAUAGGUCAACGAGCUUGCAGCUAAAAAACGAGUCUAUCAAACAAGGCUUGUUUCAAAAACUAGAUCCAAACAAAGGUCCAGCAUCACUACCUACCUACGAACAGAGACUAGAGUACCAUUCGCCAUUAGAGAUAGACGAGACUUUUUCAAUGGCAUACAAGGUUUUAGAAGAGGAAGCUGAAUCAAAGUACGAAAGUAUACGUGCCUUGCAGAAACAGAUUAAUGAAUCUAACCAAAAAGAAGAAGAUAUUCAAUCUUUGAAGGAUCAAUUAGACAAAGAGCUAGUCUCUGCCGAAAUAAACAAUCCUGAAGUCUUAUACAAUGUCGAGUUUAAUGAUGCCGAAAAAAUCGACAAGUCCCAACCGGUUUAUAGACACCUUUUGAAACAAAAGUGGGAAAGUUACGAUUUGAUGUUGCUUAUGCAAAGAUUGGAGCAGUUUCAUGUUAUACCAGAUACUUUGCCAACCUUGGUCCCCAAAGCUGAUGUAAAAAUUAAGUUCACACACAAUACAAACCCCGAGUUUAACCACUGGGUUGAGCCGGGUCAGUUCUUACCUGCAUCUGUAGUUUCACAACCACCAACUAUCCGAAUCCAAGAAUUUGACAGAGUAGAAGGUGAGAACAAUUUCUACUCGGUAUUAUUGGUGAACCCCGAUACACCAAACUUGGAUACAAACUCCUAUAUUACAACACUACAUUACGGAUUGUACAAUGUUCCUUUGAACAACGUUGAUAAUACAAUAGAUGUAUCAAAAUUGAUCAAGAUUGGACCAAAAAUCACCUUCAAAGAGUAUUUACCAUUGACGCCAGAAAAAAACGCUCCAAGCCAAAGAGCCUGUUUGUGGGUGUUUAGACAAUCUGGAAAGAUUGACAAGAACAAUAUUGUUGAUAAUUAUGAAAAAGAUUUUGAUAUCAGAGCUUUUGCAGAGGAGAAAGGUUUAACGGCAGUUGGUGCUCAUGUUUGGAGACAGAAAUAUGAUAGAAGUGUUCCAGCAGUGAGAAAGCAAUACGGAUUGGGCCAAGGCAGAGUAUAUUACAAGGAAAGAACUCACGACCCGGUUAAUCUCUAA